GGUAGGUGGGAAUGACCCGGGACAUCAAAUUGACCAACUAAAUAGUAAGAACAUGGCAAAGUCAUUGCAUUUAACAGCAAUUCUCGUAAAAUAAACAUCCUCUAUAAACUCAAAUUACAGUAAUAAAAGAAGGCAGUGACUGAUUCCUGACAAGAUGCUGUUAUACAGAAAGAAAACAUGCUCCAGUGGGACUUUUAUUACGGUAAACAUGAAGAGAAGGAGAACUGAAAGCCCAAACACGUUCUCCUCCUCAUCCAUCUCUCCUGCCAGUGGUGUCUACUGGAGGCAGACAGGAAGAUCUCGUGGAUCCGGACGGGGGUGAGGGCAGGAGAGAAGCCCCUCCCCGCAGAUCAACCUACCAGAUGAUGGUCCUUUUAACUUCAUUGUUGCAGAAGAAGCGACGCCCCGCUUUGCAACGGCUAAGGAUCAAACACCCUCUUCUGAUCAGCACGACCCCCGGUUUUGUUCUCAUGGAAAUCAGACCCUGCCUCCCGGCCACACUUUCUGCAGAGAUGCGAAGCUGAAUCGCAUUCCCAGCCGGGGCAGCAGAUGAUAAUGAUGUCUCGGAGCUGAUCGUUUCGGUAUCCGUUUUCUGUACGUUUCUUUUCCGUUGUUGCUCGCCACUCUCGGACUUCACACUUCCCUCCCAACAUGCUGGAUUUGGCACGGCGCAUUGUUUUCUGCGCGCUGCUCGGCUCCGUUUACGCGUCGUGCCCUCAGCACUGCGAGUGCUCAGAGGCGGCUCACACCGUGAAGUGCGUCUCCAGAGAUCUGCGGAGUAUCCCGACUGGGAUCCCCGGAUACACCAGGAACCUGUUCAUAACUGGGAAUCAAAUCGGUCGUAUCGGUCCGGAGUGCUUUAAAGGACUGGAUAAUGUGACCAACCUGUCUCUGAGCAAUAACAGAAUUUACGAGGUGGAAUCCCAUACCUUUGCCGGACUCCGCAGCCUUCGCUCUCUGGAUCUGAGCAACAACCAGCUGGCGGUCAUUCACCCCGAGGCCUUCACAGUGCAGAACCAGUCUCUGCGGGAACUCAACCUGAGCCGAGCCCUCUACAACCACUCGUCAGUGAUGGACUUGGCCACCUCUCUCCGCUGGAGCUCCCUGGGGACCCUGAAGGGACUGGACCUUUCUGACAACAGCCUGAUCUUUUUGCCCUCGCGGAUCUUCUCCCACCUAACCAGCCUGCGGCGGCUCCAUCUUUCCAACAACUCCCUGGUGGCCAUCCACAAUUCUACCUUCUCGGGUUUGGAGCACCUGGAGGAGCUUGACCUGACCCUCAACGCCUUCAAGACGGUCCCAGAGGAGGGCCUGCGAGAGCUGGACUCCCUGCCCAGCGCUUCUCUUCUGCUGGGGGAAAACCCGUUCACAUGCAAGUGUGGAAUCGAACCUUUUGCCCUGUGGCUCAACAGAUCACAGGGACGCAUUAGAGACGCUGAGGGCCUUGUGUGCUCCUUCCCAGCCAGGAUGAGAAACACAUCCCUGCUUGCUGUGGGCACGUUGACGCUGGGGUGCCACCAGAGGAAUGCAGGGGCUGACCUUGCUCUGCAGACCUCUUACGUCUUCUUGGGUAUAGUCCUUGGCUUCGUAGGCCUCAUCUUCCUUUUUGUACUUUAUCUCAACCGCAGGGGGAUCAAGAAGCGGGUCUAUGACAUGCGUGACGCCUGCAGGGAGGUGUGGGAGGGCUACCACUAUCGCUUCGAGAUCGACUCUGGUCCCAGGUUAUCACAGGUCUCCACGAGCGCUGACAUGUGAGAGGACAAUCACCCCUGGUGUAUUUUCUAAUGAAGCACACUCUUUUCUAAUGCAUUUAUCAGUAGCGAAAUGUAAAAACUGUACAGAUUUGUCUGUAAAUAUAUACAUAUAAUAGUGCUAAUAAUGCCUUGUUGAUGAAAGCAUGCACUGCCUAUCUUUCCUCAUUACACCACCAGUACUCUCUUUUAAGCGUAUCUUAGAUUCGUUGUGAACUUUGUUGAGUCAACUGAACAUGAAUGUUGUAUAGGGAGUUCAGUGAUUGGCAUUUCUUAUGUCCUUGCAUGCUCCACACAAAAACAGUGGGCUGAAGGAACCUUUUAGUUCCUUGAAAAGAGAUCUGGGGACUUAAAAGUCCUUCUGGUCAAAAAGCGGCUAAAAGCAACAGCAAGUGCCUGAAGUCAGCUAUGUAUUGUUUUCAAAUCAAUAGUGAUCUGAACUGAACUCACCCUCUGCAUGGCACAUUUCAUUAAUGAUUCUGCAUCAGAUCUUGUCUUCAUGUUUAGCUUGUGAUAAAGCAACAGAAACUACAAAAACAAACCUCUGGGACUUUAAAGCACAACUGCAAAUUCAUCUUUGAACCAUUUCAAGCCCUUUGGUCUCUCUGUCCUUCAGCCCCAGGGUGCCAGAGAGGAAUUAAGCCUCCAAAGCUCUCCUAGAGUCACCACUCUGCUCCUCUUUGGCUGUUGGAUUGGAAGGGGGAGGGGAGGGGAGGGGAGGGGAGGGGGGACAAUUCAGUGCAGACUAGCGGAAAUCUCCUAGCCCCCUCAUUUUUUUUUUUCAUGAAACGCUGCUUUGUUUCAACUCCUUGAGUUUUAUUGUCAAAAUGAUGAGAACCAGUCCCGAGCUGAGGCUGCUGAAAGCAAUCUCCCUCCCUACUUAAAGACAACAGCCGCUCUGAAGGCUCUUUGAAGGAAGAGAUUGGCUCGCCACGUUUUUCUGUUUAGGGGAUUUUUUCCAAUGAUAACAUACAGAUGAUUCUGAAACACCAGCUACAUUGUUUCAUUUAGCAGUUUGCACUGACCAGUUAAGGAGUGAGCAAAGAAAGAAGAGGAUGUACUUAACCCUUUGGUGUUACAAUAUGUGUCAAGAUAAGAAAAGUUUCCUUUUAGUGGAACUUGUUUUCUGAGAGCAAUUCCAUAAAUAAUACUGAAAUCAAGUGGUGUAUGUCAGAACAUUUAUUUCUCAGUCAAAUCCCAAGCCUUAGAUUUUACAUGCAUGUUUAAAUUGAAUCAAAGUACCUUACUGCGCAUGUAUCCCAAAGACAACAUGUUAGUCUUCUCAAAUGUCAUGUUCCUCAAAAGUGUUUUUCUCUGUGGCCUUUCGAUGCCACAAAGUGAGACAAACACAGACAGAAAAAGGGGGUGGCAAGCUGCUAUUAUUCAAAGUGUUUAUUGCUCUAAUUGCUAGCUAUCAAGGUAUUAGAAUGCCUGGAGUUAGCUCAAACAGCCUCCCAUUGUUAGAAGCCAAAGCAGCAUCUUCAUCCUAUCAAGAUGUUCUCCAAACCCCUCUGCUAGCGAUCCAGAAAUGUUUAUAACAUGGAGUCAUUUACUGCAUGUGAAAUGGCUAAAUAAAGCUUUAGAAUGUCACAAUCUCUGUGUACUCAUUAAGUGUUAAUCUAAUCUUCAGCAGAAAUGAAUGUGUUCAUAAUCUUUGGGCUAAACUCUUGGUAUCAUCUCUCUGCGCUGCAUUUACUCGCUGAGGAGAAAACAAUUGAGGCUGUGCGCUGACACAAAGGGUGACUCGGAUGGCGAGACGCCUGAAACAAGCUUUGUUUUCCAGCGGAAAAAGAUGCCUUGUGAUACUCAUUCUCUUUCUGUUUUCACAGACGGCCAUUAUGCUGCCGCGUAAUAGGAUUCGGUCAUGAUGACAAAGUUGAGCACUCUGAUCCAGCUAUUGUUGAAGUGUCAUCAUUCUUAAUAAUUGGCCUGUGGGAGAAAAACCCGGGAGCUUUCAUUUGCUAUUACACCAAGUGUCACAACCGGGGCAUUAAGCUGGCCACAGGUCAUUGGUGUCACUUGGCGGGGCAGAAAGAGAAAGAUUACUCCCUGCGCGUCAUGACUUCCGUUUUCACUCAUUAAAGUGCGGAUUAGGAGCCAUGCCUUUUCUUUUUUGUCUUUUUAUGAGUCUGGUUGUUUAAAAAAAAAGGUCUGUUUGCGAUAGGCUAUGCAAGAUUGUCUCAGCAGGAAUGCAUUGAAAAGAGACAUUCUCCAUUACUCACAGUGCAAAAGAGAGGCUUGUUAAAAGCAGAAACAUUGCUCCAAUUACAGAGUUCUUUCAGACUGUAUGUUGCAUAUAUCUGAUUAAAAGAUCACAUCUUUAUUUCCA